CCUGAGCCACCACUGAUCACAGGGCUUAUUAGAAGAGGCCAGGAAGAUCACAGUGUACCUUCCCCCUGUGCUCUAGUCUAGCUUGAACUUUACUUUGUGGGAUCUUCUGCCAUGUCGGUUGGUUCUUCCUCCGUGACGGAGCACCAGCUCAGUGAGUUUCAGAGUGCUGUAGGUGCUGUUGAUGGCGUUGGUGUGGAGGGGGAGAUGACUAAAGAGGAAGUGCUGAGGGAGUCUUCAGAAGGAGACGCUGUGCUGGAAAGGUACAGCGUUGUGUCACACACUGCUGCUCGGCCUGUUAUUCACCAGGUGGCGUCAGCACCCAUGCCCACUGAUUCCGACUUCUCUUUCUUUGACCCCACUGACCCACAGUGCAGGGAGGUUCUGCUGGACCCUCAGACCAGCGUGCCUGAACUGUUUGCGGUGCUCAGGCAGUGGGUUCCACAAGUGCAGAAGAACAUCAGUCUGAUAGGUAACGAGAUUCUGAAGAGAGGCUGCGGGGUCAACGACAGAGAUGGACUUACUGACAUGAGCCUGCUCCAUUACUGCUGCAAAGCUGGUGCACCUGGUAUCGGUGAUGCAGAGAAUGCAGCAAGCUUUGCCCGGAAGCUGUUAUCUCUUGGAGCCGAGCCGUCGCUGCGCAGCCGCUGGACCAACAUGAGUGCCCUGCACUACGCUGCGUACUUCGAUGUUCCACCUCUCAUCCGCGUUGUGCUGCAGGCGAGCCAGCCAGGAGAGGUGGACGCCACCUGCAGCGAUUUUGACUUUGGGACUGCCCUGCAUAUUGCUGCCUCUAACAUCUGUACUGCUGCAGUUCGCUGCCUCCUGGAACUUGGAGCCAAUCCUGCAUUUAGGAACGAUAAGGGUCAGUGUCCUGCAGAUGUUGUUCCAGAGCCUCUGGACAUGCCUCUGGAGAUGGCAGACGCUGCAGCUCAGGCCAAGGAGUUGCGGACUCUGUUGCGGGAGGCGCUGCCAAGACCCAGCGCCCCGCUGCCCGUCCUGCCGGGGCGACCUCUGAGCCUCCUCACAGAAAAGGCCCGCUCACAGCUCUCCAGCAUGGGCAUCUGCCUCGGUGACAAAGUUAUCAUCGCUGGUCAGAAGGUGGGCACGCUGCGGUUCUGCGGCAGCACAGAGUUCGCCGGUGGCCUGUGGGCUGGAGUGGAGCUUCAGCAGCCGGAGGGAAAGAAUGAUGGAUCAGUGGCAGGAGUCCAAUACUUCACUUGCCCUGUCAAACACGGAAUAUUCGCUCCGCUCUCCAAAAUCACUAAAUUCUCAGAGCGUCUGCGACCCAGCCCCCGGCAGCCCGCCGCACCCGUCCGCCCCCCUCGCCACAUCGACCUCGCCAGGGUCAAGUCCAAGGUGGACACAGGUUUAGGAUCUAUAAGGGCAAAGUCCUUACCCGUGCUCGCAGAGGGUCUGGAUGAGCUUUUGGACGUUAAAAAAGGUGCUCUCUCACGGAGCUGUUCCACGUCCUCCUCUUCACUGGACUCAAGACAGGCUCCUGGCCGACGGCCUCCUCUUCCUCUUCCCCGACAGAGACGCCCCCUACGGCCACGGCAGGAGCGGACCACCCCCAGCGCCAGAUCUACCCCCGUACCUGCUUACCGCUCACUCAGCAGCACACCACAGCCUGGGGCGCCACGCAGCAGGACUCCCUCAGCCAGCAGCUCGGUCUGCGAGCUCCCGGAAAUGCAUCUAGGGGAGCGGGUUCUCGUGGUGGGACAGAGGACGGGAGUGGUCCGCUUCUACGGCAAGACCAGCUUCGCCCCAGGCUUUUGGCUGGGGAUUGAAUUGGAUAAGCCCAGUGGGAAGAAUGAUGGUUCAGUUGGAGGAGUGAAGUAUUUCAGCUGCCCUCCUAAACAUGGAGUAUUCGCCCCGCCCUCUCGAGUACAGCGAAUUCACGGCUCUGUGGACUGCCUGUCAGAGCUGACCUCCUCUCGACACGCCUUCACUGGAAUCCGCCGCAGUUUUAGCACUUCUUCAGCCAUCGCCGCACAGCGGGAGCCGAACCGGAAAAGUCAAGCUAACCGUCAUUCGUCCGGCGUGCGGCGGCGCUGGAGCACGCCGAGUUCUGGCUGGGGUUCGCUCAGCUCAGCUGGAGCGUCUGCUCGAGGGCCCGGCAGCGUGGGAGGGACCACCAGCUCCUCUGGCUCGGACGGCGCCGUCAAACUGCACCUGGGCAUGCAGGUCCUGCUCAGCAGCGCCAACGAGAUGGGCACCAUCCGCUACCUUGGCACCGCCGACUUCGCCCCUGGCCUGUGGCUGGGCCUGGAGCUGCGCAGUGCGAAGGGAAAGAAUGACGGGUCGGUUGGCUCGCGCCGCUACUUCAGCUGCCGCUCUGGCUACGGCGUCCUGGUGCGGCCGAGCAGGGUCUCCUACAGAGGCAUCAAUGGAGCCAAGCUGGUGGACGAAAGCAGCUGAGACGGGAGAUCUUCCAAGCGGGAGGCUCUCGGCUCGAUCGGCUCUCGGCUUUCCGAUUCCAUCUGUCUCUCACUCCAUCAAGCUUCUUUAUUCUCGUAGCAAACAAGCAGCUCUCUGGCUGGGAUUGACGGCGUCGCUGAUGGAGAGACAAAAGACUGAGGAUACGUGCCAAAGUGCGAGGUGAAGCACUUUGGAAGCACAAAAAAUAAAGAGACAGGGUCAUUAGUCGGCACUGGAGUGUGUGUAAUGAGGUGCGUUUUUUUCUGUGCGUUUGUUUCUUGGUUAAUAUGAAUGUUUCUGUUGAAAUGAUGAUGAAUGUCAGGUUAUUUUGUGAUGAAUUGUUCCUUUCCCUUUAAAUUUUGAAGCGAAAAGUUCUUGAAAAGGUCUUAGAUAGAGGUUAGAUUCUGAUUCUGCAGUACAUGAUCAGUAGCAGUUUCUAAGCACUUUAAAUUUAAGUAAAUUAUAAGUAAACGCGGUUUAAGACAAUGACUUUCCAUAAAUGUGACUCGCAUUUAAUGUUGACCCUGUUCACACCUGCUGUUAAUAUGAUGGAUCCUGGCUGGUCUGAUCACAAAUGAGCGCCAAAACUUAAAGCUGUUCACACCUGACAAUUUGUAUACAUCUCCUGUAAGCAUCUCCUGUGGAUGUCUCACAUCAUUCCAACUGUAGAAGUUUUCUUUGCCAGUUUUCAGUUUUCUCAGCCCAAUCCAAGAUCCGUUUGUGCACAGUAUCAAACUUUAUACAUAAGCUUGUUAUCAUAGCAUGCCCAUCUUAAUUAACUCAUGCAGUCAGUUGUUGGAUGGUGUGGUUGUGCCCAACAACACCAAGCUAAUGGUUAAAGAUUAUAAUCCUGGCUGGUGCACAAGCAAACUAGCUACCUAAGCUGGAUUUGGGCUGAGAACUGCAAAAAAAAAAAAUGGAAAA